UCUAGGCGCGGGUGCUGGCUUUGACCAGUGAAGGUAUGGGGGAGUCCAGGCCUAGUCGUGUGCUGGUGACAGGGGCAUCGGGCUAUCUCGGCGGCCACCUCUGCCGCGCUUUGCUCGACGACGGCUUGCAAGUCAGGGCCUUCGUCCGCCGUACCAGCGAUCUCGCCUCCCUCCCUGUCCCUCCUCCUCGUCUUCCUUCCUUUGAGCUCGCCUAUGGUGAUGUCACCGACCUCCCCUCCCUUGUCUCUGCAUGCCAUGGCUGCGAUGUUAUCUUCCACGCUGCGGCUCUUGUCGAGCCCUGGCUUCCCGAUCCUUCUCGGUUCCUUUCGGUUAAUGUUGGAGGCUUGAAAAAUGUGUUGGAAGCUUUCAAAGAGACAAAUACACUACAGAAAGUAAUAUAUACAUCAUCAUUUUUUGCUCUUGGCCCCACCGAUGGAUAUGUUGCUGACGAGAAACAGAUUCAUGCAGGAAAAUUCUUUUGCACAGAAUAUGAGAAAUCCAAAUCUAUUGCAGAUAAGAUUGCUCUAGAGGCUGCGCGUGAUGGAAUGCCAAUCAUUCUUCUUUAUCCAGGAGUUAUUUAUGGCCCAGGGAAGCUGACUGCUGGAAAUGUUCUGGCUCGUAUUAUUGUAGAACGUUUCAGUGGUCGGUUACCAGGUUAUAUGGGCAGUGGUAAUGAUAUAGAAUCCUUUUGUCAUGUUGAAGAUGUAGCAAAAGGGCAUAUAGCUGCAAUGUAUAAGGGAAGAUUCGGUGAGAGGUAUCUACUUACAGGAGAGAAUGUAUCUUUUAACCAAGUGAUUGACAGAUCUGCUUUUAUUACCAGAACAAGGAAACCUUGGUUUCACAUCCCUCUGUGGUUGAUUGAAAUUUAUGGUUGGAUAUCCGUUUUCUUUGCAAAAGUAACUGGAAAGCUGCCUCUAAUUAGUUAUCCAACCGUGAGAGUUUUGAGACAUCAAUGGGCGUAUUCUUGUGACAAGGCUAAGGAAGAGUUGGGUUACAAUCCUAGAAGCUUGAAUGAAGGUCUUGCCGAGGUUCUUUCUUGGCUUAAGAGCUUGGGAUCAAUAAAAUAUUGAUCUUGAUAGGCGAUAAGAUGACACUUUCAAACACUUCAGACUUCAGUAGCUGUGAGUUUGUUUGCAUCUUUCAUAAACUUUGCUUUGGACAGAAAUGGUGAGAACUGCCUCAAAUGCCAACAACUAGCUUGUUGUUUCUUGAUACUAAUAGAAGUAUACUUUGAGAUAUGAAUUCUUUGGGGUGCUUGUAAAAUGCGCUCUUGAGAUGUCAAUCCUAUCAGGCCAAAACUAUCGUUAACAAGGAACUGUAAUUUAUUGAUGGCAAUAUUUUUUGUAUGACUCUAUGGACAAACUUGUUUUAUGUUGAAUUUUCAGUUUUUGUGUA